GUACACGACUCCGCAACCACACCCUUAUUAGCAUAUCUUAUCUAAAUGAUAGGCACAGCCGUCCACUGCAACCCCAACCCUCACCUUCCUCCAACCUCAUUGCUCAACAAUGAUAAGGACCGCUCUCAACAACCUUCUCAUCAGGCUGCACCUGCGCCGCGACCCCUCCCAAAUAUGGGAACCCCCAACGCUGCUAGACCAUCUCCUCAGCUCCCCACUUCAAUAUCUCUUUUCGCGCAUCUACCACGCGCUUCUGGUGCUGCGCGGGAGACCCUUCCACCCGCCGCGCAACAAGCCCACCAUCCGCGUGGUCUGCCUCUCUGACACGCACAACCUCACGCUCCCGUCCGAGGCGGUGCCCAGCGGUGAUCUGCUGAUCCACUGCGGCGACCUGACCGUCGAUGGCACCGUCGCCGAGAUCCAGCGCCAGGUCGACUGGCUGCGGGCGCUGGGCGGGGAGAAGGGGUUCCGUCAUCGCGUCGUGAUUGGCGGCAACCACGAUGUCUGGUUUGACGAGGCGGUGAGGGGGAAGGGCCAGGGAAUGGAGAGGGAGGUAAAUCUCGCCGGCGUGGAGUAUCUCCGUGACCGCAUGGUGAGGUUGGAGUUUUCCGGCGGGAGGUGGCUUAAUGUCUACGGCUGGGGCGCCUUGCCUUGGUGUGGAGAGGGGUUUGCGCUUCAGUAUGAGCGGGACAGGCAUCCAUGGGAGGGACGGAUACCUGAUGAAACGGACAUUCUGGUAACGCAUACACCACCGCGCCACCAUCGCGACCUCGGGCUCGGAUGUGACGGCCUCCUGGAAGAGGUCUGGCGGGUCAAGCCAAAGCUGCACGUCUUUGGCCAUGUGCACGCCGGCUGGGGUAAAGAGGCCGUCUACUACGACGAGUGCCAGAGGGCGUACGAGUCUCUCAUGGCGAAGCCCACAAGGGGCUUCUUGCGCGAUCUGAUACCGGGUGCUAGAUGGAUUGAGGCGUUCAAUAUCCUCCGAUACGGUCUGAGCAGCAUCCUGUGGAAGUGGAUCAUGCUUGGUCCAGGGACUAAUAAUGGAGGUUUGAUGGUCAAUGCCGCCCUGACGUACCGAAAUACCGGGAGAUUGGGAAAUCCAGUGACGGUCGUGGAUCUGUAGAUUGGAUUGAUCAUUAGAUCGUCCAUGAGAAAUACUAUUACACUAAUUGAAUGACACUCCAUCUCAU